GAAGAUCCCUAUGUCAUGUACAAGAAAUCUGACAAACCUCUUUAUGGUAAUGAUCGAUUUGAAGGUUACUGCCUGGAUUUAUUGAAGGAGUUAUCAAGUAUUUUAGGCUUCAUCUAUGAAGUAAAACUAGUAUCUGAUGGAAAAUAUGGAGCCCAGAAUGAUAAAGGAGAAUGGAAUGGGAUGGUCAAAGAACUCAUAGAUCACAAAGCUGACCUGGCAGUUGCUCCCCUCACUAUUACCUACGUAAGAGAAAAAGUUAUAGACUUUUCAAAACCAUUCAUGACGCUGGGAAUCAGUAUUUUGUACCGGAAGCCAAAUGGUACAAAUCCUGGGGUUUUCUCCUUUCUAAACCCUCUUUCUGCUGAUAUUUGGAUGUAUGUGCUGCUAGCCUGCCUGGGAGUCAGCUGUGUGCUCUUUGUCAUUGCACGGUGA